AUGCGACUUUUGAUUUGUUUUUUGGCCUUUUUUAUUUUUCAAAAAUCGAUAAAUUGCUGGCGUUUCGGUGGCGGAAAACAAGCUGGACUUCCUGUGGUUUUAGGUGAGUUUUUUUUUGAAAUUUCUUAGCUGAUUUAGAUAGUUAGGAAAACUUGUGGGAAUGGGGCGUUGCAUAUCUUAAACGGUUUUAAAAAACUCUCAAAAAUUUAAAUUAAAAUUUUGAAACAGUAGAUUUUUUAGAAAUAAAAAUCAAUUUUUUUCAAAUUGACCAAAUUCAACUUCGCUGAUGUGCUUGAAAAUUUCAUAAAUUAUAUUUUCAUUUAUUUUUCUAGGAUAUAGACAUAUUAAGUCGGCAAAUCAGCUUUCGAAAAUGCUCAAAAAUUUAUAUGAAAAUUUUGAAACAGUAAAUUUUUUCAAGUGAAAAAUAUUUUUUUUUUGAGAGUUCAGAACAAAUUUCAGAACAAAAAUAAGAUAAAUAAGAUAAACUAAAAAUAGCUGAAAAUCAAGUUUGUGGAGUUGGUGAAAGUCAAAUCGAUUUUUCAAAAAUGAAUAUUGUAUAUAGAUCAACGGAUGUUGAAAUUUUGAAACAGUAGAUUUUUUCAUGUGAGAAAAUUAAUUUUCAGAUCGAAAAAUGAAGUUUAAAAAAAAUGUCUUCAACUAAAAAAAUGAUCUGUUUCAAAAAGUGGAAGUCAACUCGAAAUUUUAAAAUUAAAUUUUGUAUAUAGAAAAACCAGAAGAGCGAUCAGUUUCCAGAAAUUCUAGAAUCAGUUUCCAGAAAUUCUAGAAAUUCUAAAUGAUAUAAAUAUUUUGAAACAGCAGAUUUUUUCAGACAAAAAAAUACAUUUUCAGGUCAAAAAAAAAGUUGGAAAAAAUAGUUUCAAAAGAAAAAUCUACUGUUUCAAAAUGUUUCAAUCAGUUUUCGAACAGCUUUUCAAUCCGCUAUCUUUUUGAAAUUAUGUACUUUCAAAAAAAACCAAAUUUAAGAGUUAUUUUCAAAAUCUGUUUUUGCAGUUCCUGGAGAUGGUGGAAGUCAACUGGAAUCAAAUCUAACCGGCAAACCUUCAGUAGUUCAUUAUGUUUGUGCCAAACAAACUGCCGAUUACUUCGACCUAUGGUUAAAUCUUCAACUUUUCACACCUCUAGUCAUUGAUUGUUGGGCUGAUAAUAUGCAAUUAGUUUAUAAUACAACAACUGGAUUAUCUGAUAAUAUGCCAGGAGUCAAAACUCGAGUUGUUGGAUUUGGAACAACUGAAUCGGUCGAAUGGUUGGAUAAAAGCAAAGCUUCUCAAGGCAGAUAUUUCUUUGAUAUUGUUGAUGCAAUGGUUUCGUGGGGAUAUAAAAGGGGAAAGAAUAUUGUUGGAGCACCUUUUGAUUGGAGAAAAUCACCGAGUUAGUUUUGGGAGGGGAGUGAGGUAGACAUUUUAAAUAAAUCUAACAAAGUAACCUUCAUAAGCACUUUUUUUCAUUUCUCAUGCGAAGAAAAUUUUUUCACUGUUUCAAAACAUUCAAAACUUGAAAAAUUGCUUUAAAUUUCGUUGCCCACAUUAAUUCAAUUGGAAGAAAUAUAAUUAUAAACUUGAUUUUCAGCUAUUUUCAGAUUUUCAUCAUUUCUAACUUCUAGAAUUCUUUAGUAUGUAAUUAUUGUUCUGAAUCACCUCAUAAUUCUCAGAAGACAAUUUUUCACUGUUUCAAAACAUUCAUAACUUGAAAUAUUGUUUUAACUUUCGUUGCCCAAAGUAAUUCUAUAGGAAGAAAAAAACUUGAUUUUCAGCAAUUUUCAGAUUUUCAUAAUUUCUAACUUCUAGAAUUCUACAGUAUGUAAUCAUUGUUCUGAAUCAUCUCAUAGUUCUCACAAGGAAUGGUUUUCAAUGUUCCCCCAAGGAAAAAACCGAGAGUAUGUGGAAUGUUGAGGGUUCCCGUGGGUAAGAAAAACCCUAACGGGAAUAAGGAGAAAAAUGCCUUAUUCUCGAGAAAAAAUGAAUUUUAGGUCGAUUUUUACACCAUUUUUUGAUUUUUAGAGCAUCUGUAACUCGAUUUUGAAUCUAUUUCAUGAACUUUUGAGUCGUGGAAGUUGUUCAGAAUGGUCGAUUACGUGUUUGUGAAACUUUUUAUCAAAAAAUUAGACAUUUUUUGAAAUUUGGUUUUUUUAGUCGGGGUUUUUCUGAUCAAAUGGUCACCAAAAAACACAAAAAAUAAUUUUUUCCAUUUUCAAAUGAACGGAACUUGAAAAAUUUAUGACGGUCAACAGACGUAAUUUGGUCCGUAGAAUCCAAAAAUCAUAGUCUCGAUUCACACAAACUUCUCCUUCACAACGAAAACGUUGAUUUUCUAUGAAUUUUUCAAACUGGAUUUUUGAUUUAGUGGACUUUUGGGACCAAAAUUAUUUUAUUCCUAAUUUUAGUCGAAGUAAUACUAAAGUACGCCGUUUGCGCUACAAAUGGAUUUUUAGACUGACAUUUUUCAUCAAUUUUGAAAAAAGUUUCGAUUUUUCUAAAAAAUUUCAUCGCAAAAAUCAAUAACACCAAAAUUUUCUAAAACAAGGCAUUUUUCUCCUUAUUCCAGUUAGGGUUUUUCUUACCCUUGGGAACCCUCAACAUUCCACAUACUCUCGAUUUUUUCCUUGGGGGAACAUUGAAAACCUUUCCUUGUCAGAAAAAAUUGAUUUUGAAAUAGUGGAAAAAUCUACUGUUUUAAAAUUUUCAUAUCAAUUUUUGAGCAUUUUUUGUAAACUGAUGAUCAACAUUUGGCGCGACGUGAAAAUCUUAUACUGAAAAAAUCCACUGUUUUGAAAAUUUUUGAAUACCGACUUUUCAAAAAAAUGCACACUGGGCUCUUAAUUUUUCUCUCUUUUUCAGAUGAGCUCAACGAUUAUUUAAUCCAACUCAAAUCGCUAAUCGAAAACACGUAUCGUUGGAAUGACAACCAAAAAGUGGUAAUUCUCGGACAUAGUAUGGGAAAUCCUUUGUCCCUUUAUUUCCUUCAAAAUUAUGUGGAUCAAGCAUGGAAAGAUAAAUAUAUUGCGAGUUUUGUUAGUUUGGCUGCUCCGUGGGCUGGUUCAAUGCAAAUUGUGAGAUUAUUUGCAUCCGGUUAUAAUAUGAAUUAUUAUCGAGUUGUUUUGCCGCCAAGUAAAUUGAGAGGAAUGCAAAGGUGAGAGAAUUUUGGGUCGUGCAAAAUUUCGGAUUAUUGUAGCAUUAAUUUUGGCUACAAAUUCUUUUUUUUUUGAAAUUUAUAGCCAAAAUUAACCUACAGUAAUAUAAUUUGUAGAUUUUUUUUGAUUUUCAAAUCAAAUCUCAUUUCCACGUAGAUUUUUGGAGCCAAAACCGUUCAAAAUUCAGAAUUUCAGCAAUUUUUUCAAAUUUUUCACACCCCCCCCCCAAACCCAAUUUAAAAAAUCCCACCUUUCAGAUCGUUCACCUCCUCCGCCUUCCUCUUCCCAAGUCCAGUCUCCUGGCUUCCAUUCGAAGUUCUCGCCGAAACCGCCGACAAGAACUACACCGUCUCAAACAUCCAGGAAUUCUUCACCGACAUCAAUUACGAGACCGGUUGGGAGCAAUAUAAACAAUCGGCAAGAUUGAAUGGAAAUGUGACAUCUCCAGGUGUUCCAGUUCAUUGUAUUUAUGGCACAGGGGUUCCGACACCAGAGAGAUUUAAAUGGGACAAAGGAUAUUUCCCGGAUUAUCCACCUACUGAAUAUUAUGGAGAUGGUGAUGGAACUGUGAAUUUGCGAUCAGCUAGAUUCUGUCAAACUUGGAAGGAUAAAAAUAAUGGGAAAGAUGUUACAACUCACGAAGUUUUCCAAGCUGAUCAUAUGGCUAUUUUGAAACAUCCAAAUACAAUUGAACUUGUUAGAAAAGCUAUCUAUCAACAAUUAUAA